CAGACAGAAGGUGGUUAUGACUUCAUAAGGGAAAAUCUGAAGGACGAAAAUCACAAUCAUCCCUCAACUUGGGCACAGAGCUGUAGGAGACGACUCAACAGUGAAAGCCAUGUGGAGUUUGUGUGUGUGUCUGUGUGUGUUUGCAUGCACUUUGCAUGCUGUACCUCUCGGAAAAAAUAACUGCCUACAUCGCAGAAAGGUGCUGCUGGUCUCCUUUGAUGGUUUCAGAUGGAAUUAUGACAGGGAUGUGGAUACACCUCACCUGGACCAAAUGGCUAUAGAUGGAGUAAAAGCUCCUUAUGUGACACCGUCCUUCCUCACCAUGACCAGUCCUACUCACUUCACAAUUUUAACAGGUAAAUAUAUUGAGAAUCAUGGUGUAAUACACAACAUGUGGUUCAACACCACGACAUCGGAGAAGAAGCCAUACUACCAAACACAAUUUGUGAACGAGUGGUGGGAUAACGGCAGCCUGCCAAUCUGGAUCACCGCUCAGAGACAGGGUCUCCGAGCUGGCUCAUUUCACUUUCCUGGAACAGCUUCAUUCUAUGAUGGUGAGAAAGCAGAGGUGUCUGAAGUGGAGCCUCGCUUCUACAACUACAGCAAUGAGACAGCAUGGCGCCAGAACAUUGACAAAAUCAUUGGCAUCUGGUUUGGAGAAAAUGACCUGGACUUUGUGGCCUUGUAUUUUGGAGAACCGGACAGCACAGGCCACAAAUAUGGUCCAGACUCAGAGCAGCGCAGGGAGAUGGUAAGACAAGUGGAUCGAACGGUGGGUUACCUAAGAGACUCUGUCAAGCACAACGGCCUCACCCAGUGCCUCAACAUCAUUAUCACUGCUGAUCAUGGCAUGACCACAGUGUUUCGUGGCAAUGGGGUAAACGAGAUUGUACUUUCCAAGAUCCCGGGAUUCUCUUUCCAAGAUCUAGACUUCCAUCUGGUGGACUACGGGCCCUCUGGUUUGCUCCUUCCUAAAGAGGGAAAGCUGGAGAAAGUGUACAAUGCCCUGAAGGGGGCUCAUCCUCACCUCCAUGUCUACAAGAAAGAGGAAAUGCCACCAAGGUUGCACUUUGCCAAAAACGACCGCAUAUUGCCUAUAAUCCUGUGGGCUGACUUGGGAUACGUCAUUAAUGGGUACUUCCCUGUGCAGUUUAACAAAGGAGAGCAUGGCUUUGACAAUGAUGAUUUAGACAUGAAGCCAUUCUUCCGUGCAAUAGGACCUGACUUCAGGAAAAACUUUAUUAUUGAGCCAUUUGAGACUGUGCACAUAUACUCACUGAUGUGCCACUUGCUGGGCAUCACACCCGAACCCAACGACGGACACCUGGACGUCACGCGCUCCAUGUUGCUCUCCUCUGAGAAACCACAUGAAAGCAGCUCUGACUUGUCCAGAGUGUUCAUUGGCCUUGGUGCUGUCGCUGGUUUUCUGGUGAUUGUAUUUGUUGUCAUGGUGACCCACAGUGUCCUUUUACGCAAGAGAAAAAAUCAGAGAGCUGGGAGUUGUGAAAAAUCUGAAGAUUGUGACAAAAUACAGACAACAUUUUAGCCUGCAGUUACAUUUGUAUCAUUUUGCCCCACUGGAAAGAAAAUUAGGGAAUUUCAGACUAUAUGAAAAAGUAUAAACUAACACACAAAUAAAGAAAUAAAAUACUUUAAAGAACUAAUUUCCUCAGCCAUACUGCAAAAAAGAAGAAAAGAAAACAGAAAAAAAAUUAUUUAUGUCAAGAUAUUUUCAUUUUAUUGUCAAGAUUUUCAUAAGUAUUGCCAUAGUGUUAAAAUAAAUUUUUUUUCCCCUGUUUUAUGCUUUGUGGGUUUUUUUUGUAACAUUUCGGGCUCCAGUUGAAUCGUUGAAUCUUCUGAAAAAAAUGUAAUAAAAUAAAAGGACAUUCGGAUUUUUUAACUGGUCAGAUGGGCAUUGCAAGACAUCAGAUAAUUGAGGUUUAGAUUAGAAACAGGAUGUAGUGAAAUAGUCGAUGUAGAAGUGAUGUAGAAAGCUGAGUGGUAGACGACUUAAUAUUGUCCUAGAAUUGUGCAUAACUCUUCCCUUUGAUAUAGAAUGAAGAGAAAGCAUUCAAUCCUAGACAAUCUGCUUCUGACUGGUUUCUCUAUGUCCCCUGUGAGUCAAUGAUGCACGAGCAGAUUGUGGACAUCUGUAAGCUUAUGCACGUGGAGGAGGGUGAAUAAGGCUUUCCUCAGAGUGUGUUACUCAGACCCCUGUGGAGCAGCAUGAAUGGCACUUCAGAAAGGUGCACAUGGCUUACAGUAUAUAUGGCAUUUUUAAUGAGGUGCUUAGAUGUGGAUGUCCAUAUUGCCUACUGAAGUGGAGCCCUCAUGAUGAACACCCAAUAAGAAACUCAGAUUUAAUUCCAGUGAUAGCAUUAAUGUUGAAAGUAAAACAGCAUGGAACUAUAUAUUUAUCAUCUAAUGUAAUGUUUGUUUAUAUUCAUAACA